UCCCCCCGCGGUGAUUAUACGCUGCCGCCCGGGGGAAGCGGCCGCUGCCGGGAAGAUGGCGAGCCUCCGCCUGCUGCUCCUCGGGUACUUGGGGGUCCUCUGCUAUCAUAAGGUGACUGGAAUUGCUAUUGAGACAGAUAAUAAAAAUGUAAAAGCAGAGGAGUUUAAAGAGGCUAUUCUUAGUUGCAAGCACAAAUUUUCAAAAGGGAUGAGUCUAAGGAUAGAAUGGAAGAAAAUCCAGUCCCAAGAAGUUUCAUUUGUUUACUACAACGGUGAAUUUACAGGUGAUCUUAGAGACCGAGCAGAGAUGUUGAAUACAGGAAUCCGUAUAAGAAAUGUGACCAGAAAGGAUUCUGGGACCUACCGCUGCGAAAUCAGUGCGAAGAGUGAAGAGGGGCAACGCCUGGGAGAGGCUUCUAUUACUCUCACAGUGUUGGUUCCUCCCACUACUCCAAUAUGCGUGGUACCCAACUCUGCAAUGACGGGAACAGUAGUGGAGCUGAGCUGUAAGGAAGCUGAGGGAUCUCCUCCAUCUGAGUACCAGUGGUACAAGAAUGGCGUUGCCUUACUGGAAAAGACAGGAACGGGCAGUGCUAGAACAACCAACAUAACUUACACCAUGAAUAAAAAGUCUGGCACUCUGAUAUUUAACACUGUUUCAAAGAACGACACUGGAGAGUAUUUCUGCGUAGCCUCAAAUGGGAUUGGAUUACCUCAGAAAUGCUCCAUGAAGAGAAUGCAAGUUGAUGACCUUAACGUAAGCGGUAUCAUCGCUGCUGUAGUAAUCGUGGCUCUGAUUAUGGCACUGUGUGGCCUUGGAGUACUUUAUGCUCAAAAGAAAGGGUAUUUUACAAAGGAGAGCUCUUCCCAGAAGUCCAACUCUCAAUCUACAAGUGAAAAGGAUUUCAAGCACACCAAAUCCUUUGUUAUCUAGAAGAUUUCAGCCUCUGUGAGGGACAUCAAACAACUACUUGUUAUACAAAAAUAUCAAAGGGAUUUUUUGACCUCUACUCUGUAAAUAUUGUUUCCAUGUACUAUGCACUGAAAAUAGAAAUUGCUACUGUUUAGAUCUAGUCAACUUAUUUGUGUAUGAUUGUUUUUCUUUAACCAACGACAAACCUGCUUAACUUAAAGAUGCAAUGGCAUACACAAGUCAAUUUGUGUGGCUUCUCAUUUUGUUGAUGUAUACGUGCAGCAAUACAGGAUUCACUCUUGCAGCUUGGAACAGUCUGUCCAAGUAACUUUCGUAGAUGACGAUUGUCAAGGGCUCAAACUCUCCUAUAACGUUGACUUCAUUCUUACUUAUCUGUCCACAUUAUAUUAGGUUUGACAGAGCCAUCUAGAAGUACAGAAAUAGUUGCCCAGACUUUAACUCACUAUCCAGCCAGGACAAAGCUGCUUGUAAUUGAGGCCCAAGCAUUGUUUUAUUGUCUAAUAUAAAAUGCCUACAGCAUCUCUUUUACAAGGAAGUACCUCUUUCUGUAAAUCGCAUACAUUACUUGCCAGUACAACUAUAGUUGUAAUAGCUGGACCCUAAAUGUUACAGUAUUACAAAUAAAUAGUUCCUCAGAGCCUGAAGUGUUUGUGUCAGUAGUUUCGUUACUGAAGCUUAUGCCCUACAACAUCAGUAACAAGUUUCAGUUGUUCCUGUAAGAGCAUCACUUAUGCGUUCAUUGAUGUAAAACGAAGUAUUUGUGCCUAUGCAGAUCUAUCACCUCCCUUGGGCUUUGCUACAAAUUUAGAAUUGCUUUCUGAAUAAUUCCUGCAGAAACUUGAAACAUUACAAACUGGGGAAAAUAAAGUUUCUUCUGUGUUUAUCACUCAGUUUUAUAACUUCUCAGCACUGAAACGUAGUUUACUAAAGGGGUUAGCAGUUGGGAGAUAUGCUAUUCAGGUACCUCAGUAACUGUAAGAGCACACAAUCAGCUAACUAGAAUCCCCAUGCAUUUGAGAACUUGUUCACGCUUCAGAAAUCAAACUGAAACACUGUAUUUAUUAAGUUACAACUGAUGCCAUAUUCAGCAACUCCAUGGAUGUUGUUUGGAGGACGAUGUGAAGAAAUCACUUUGGUGUCUCCUCAAAGUUGGGCUCUAAAGGAGGAAUAAAGAAGCCGGGAGAGAAGAGACAUGUUAGUUUUUUCUUAUUCCAGCCUAAAACACAACCAUUCAUCUCAUAUUAAAAAAAACCUAAACAUUAAGCUUCAGUAUCUUUGGUUUUGGUAGCAACGAGGGCUACAGGCGUGGCAGCUCUAAGAAGAGCCCAGGCAUAGGUAAGAGCCAACUCCAGCUGGCUCUGAAAGGGACCCACUGCUGACCAGAGUUAAGCCAUGACUGACACAGGGUGUGCCUCUGGGACAGCAGGUUUAAAAAGGGGAAAACUGCUGUGCAGCUGGAAGAGAGGAAUAAGAAAUGUGAGAGAAACAAACCCUGCAGGCACCAAGGUCAGUGCAGAAAGAGGGGCAGGAGGUGAUAAAGGCACACAGCAAAAACUUCUUACAGCUCAGGAGAGACCCAUGGUGGAGCAGGCCAUUCCCCCUGCUGUCCAUGGGUACAGUACAUCUCCACCUGCAGCUACAGACUUAGUGCAGCAGCUGAUGAGCCCUGGAGGAGGCACAGUCCAUGGACAGCCUCCCACGGGAGCAGCCUGGGGCUCGAGCUGUAGCCCCUGGAGAGGAACCCAUAGUGGAGCAGGGCUGGGGGAGCUGCCACCUGUGGGGACCUAUGUGGAGCACUGUGGUACUGAAUGGCAGGCCCUGUGACUGAGAGCCAUGUUGGAGCAGCACCUGGACAACUGCAGCCUGAGGGAAGCCCAUGCAUGAUCUGCUUGGGAAGGACAGCAUCUCAUGUGAGGGACUCAUGUAGAAUGGAGACAGAGUGACCACGGAGGAGCAACAGAGAAAAAAAACACUAUGGACUGACCAUAGCCCUCAUUCCCCAUUCAUUUGUGCUGCUUGAGGGGAGGAGUUAGAAGAGGAUGGAUAGGGAAAGGUGUUUUUAGUUUGCUUUUAGUUUUCACUACUCUAGUCUGUUACUAAUUGCCAAUAAAUUACAGUCUGCUUUUGCA